CUAAUCCACGCCCUAACGCCGAGUACAAAACCCUUAAAAACCUAACGGCGAGCCGACUGCCUUUCUCUCCUCGCUGAACGGCCAUUUCCAGAUCCAAGACCUCCAAAGGAGAGAGGGAGAGAGAUGGCGACCGAAGAAGCGAAGGUGGUCGUCCCCGAAUCGGUGCUGAAGAAGAGGAAGAGGGAGGAGGAGUGGGCGCUUGCGAAGAAGAAACAGCUCGACGCCAAGAAGAAGAAGGACCGUGCGAACCGGAAACUCAUCUGUAGCAGAGCGCAGCAAUAUGCCAAGGAGUAUGAGGAGCAGGAGAAGGAACUUAUCCGUUUGAAGAGAGAGGCGAGGAUGAAGGGAGGUUUCUAUGUUAGCCCCGAGGCCAAGCUUCUCUUCAUCAUCCGAAUUCGAGGUAUCAAUGCCAUGCACCCAAAAACGCGAAAGAUUUUGCAGCUCCUUCGUCUCAGACAGAUAUUUAAUGGAGUGUUUCUGAAAGUUAACAAGGCGACCAUAAACAUGUUGCGUAGAGUUGAGCCUUACGUGACAUAUGGGUACCCUAAUUUGAAGAGUGUUAAGGAGCUAAUUUACAAGAGAGGAUACGGGAAGUUGAACAAGCAGAGGGUUCCCCUCUCAGACAAUUCUAUCAUUGAGCAGGGCUUGGGGAAGUACGGCAUUAUCUGCAUUGAAGACCUUGUUCAUGAGAUCAUGACUGUUGGACCACACUUUAAGGAGGCAAACAACUUCCUGUGGCCAUUCAAGCUUAAGGCACCACUAGGUGGCCUGAAGAAGAAGAGGAAGCACUAUGUGGAAGGAGGGGAUGCUGGAAAUCGUGAGAAUUACAUCAACGAGCUUAUCAGAAGGAUGAAUUAGAUAUAUGAGGUUGUUUCAGAUAUCUUAUGGGAGGAAGAAAUCAUUGGAUCUUAAGAUUUGUCUUUUAUUAGGAUUUGGACAAGCAUGAAAGCUCUGAAAUUUUGGUGUUUUGAGAUGCGAGUGUUAGACAUGUUUUAAUUACUUAAUGAUUUCCUUAUUCUUAUUUUUCACGAGAGGUUUCCAAUUACAGCUGCAGUUAUGUCUAUUAUGAAUAUAAUUGCUUGGAAUUUCGGUGGUGAUGUUUACUUCGGUAAA